ACCGAUACGCCGAGCACACUCGAUGCGCAACUGGUCUAAUCGCGAUUGUGUAUCAGCGAAAUCUCUUGGCAUUGCUUCCGACAACCUCAAAAGAUAUAUAACUGCAUUAAUUGUUCGCGAGCAGCCUUCUUUACUAAAGCGAAGCGAACGUGGCGAAGUAGUACAAGCCAUGUCUAGUCAGACGGUCUUUAAACCCCCAGUAGUCACCAAUUCGACGGAAAUUCCGUUGAAACCUACUCAACUGCAUUUCAACGAAGCUUUUCGAAACACGGUGACUCGUUCGGAAGCGGAAAAUCUGACGAAAUGUGCCUUCUCGCCAGACGCCGAACUCGUCGACUAUCACCUGCGUCCUUAUUCCGAGGAAAAACUUGGCUUCCUCGGCUCUCACCUUUGCCUCAUCAUCACGGCUCGAAGAUCAGGAUGCGACGAGUUCGAGAAACGAAGCUUUUUCGUCAAGAGUAUUCCGUACAAUAUACCAAACCAAGCAAUCUACGUUGAAGAGAAAGGGGUGUUCGAAAAGGAGGAAAAGUUUUUCAGGUAUCUUGUUCCGCUUAUGACGGACAAUUUCAAGAUCGAGAGCUGGGCACCGCGAUGUUACUUGACCAAGGACAGCGCUAUCGUUUACGAAGACAUGAAACUGAGAGGGUUUACGAACAGGUCGAAGUUCUUCGACUUGAAAACCUUGAGAGCUGCGGUAGCCUGCGUUGCGAGGUUUCAUGCCUCGUCUUUGCUAGCUGAGGAGAAGUUAAACGGCAAGUCAAUACAUGAUCUCUACCCGGAAAUUUUGCGAGAGUCCGAGUACAAACAGACAGGUCGCAGCAAGACCUGGUUUGCGGUGGCCAUCAACCUAGUGGUAUCCAUAGCCGAUCAGCAUGGUUACUACUCCAGUAACAUACGUCGAGCCAGCGAGUGCAUCUUUGACGCUAUUUUACCUUCCAAAACGAAACGCAACGUCGUGUCCCACGGUGACCUCUGGGGUAGCAACCUAAUCUUCGAUGGCGAAGAUCGAUGCAACCUAGUGGACUUUCAGUUGUUGCGGUACGCACCUUUGGCCCACGAUGUCAUUCGGCUAAUAUACCUAACGUCGAGAAGGGAGCUUAGACGGGAACAUGAAGCGCAACUGCUGGAACACUACUACGUGACUCUGAGGAAGACUUUAGUUGACAAUGCUUUUAAGGGGGUGAUGCCAAGCUACGAAGAGCUGCUGCUCGGAGUCGAGGAACAAAGAUUGGGCGCUGUUGUGACGGUUGCUGUCGAUCAUCCGACAGUUAUGAUGGAUGGGAAGAUGGCAGCGACGAUUAUGGACGAUCCUACGACUUACGAGGCUUUCUUCUUCAAGGACCGGAAACCUUUCGUGGACAAGAUUAUGAGCGUGGAUCCGGAGUUCGAAAGGGUUGUCAAGGCGGCGGUUCAAGAGUUGGCAGAGAUGUCUUUGAUCGUAGACAGUUUACCAAGGCCGACGUAGUGAUAUAUUGCGUGUAUAAAUAAGAACAUAAUGUAAUAUUAAUAUUGUCAAAAGUUGUGUAUUGGUCGCAUGAGUAUAAUUAUCAUGAUAUUUUUUAAAGUAAACAACAAAGAAAAUGAUUAUCCGAAGACGAAUCAUAACUGGAAAUCGUCGAUUUUUAAAACUAUGUGGUUAUUAAAAAGCAUCUAUUUCUAUUAUACAAUGUA